GCAUAAGCCAACUUAGUCCGACAUUGACAGUGGUGUAGAGUGAAGUGAUUGUUACGAUCUGCCUUUUAAAACUGUCUGCAGUUACUACUACACAGUGACCAACGAUGACACGUUUCAUUCAUGUCUGUCAAACACGAUACGUGGCUGUGAUUGUGGCAGCGGUAACACUUGCGACAGCGAAUUAUCUUCUGUGGAACAAAGCAAUCAAGCACACGGAAGUAAAGCUCGACACGCCAGCACGGAAUCACAUAAGAGAUUCUGAGGCUGAUGUCAACAAGGGCGAUGUCCACUUCGUCAUCAUUGCCUGCAAAAAAGGAAACAAAGUUAAAAAUCCCUUGAGAGAAAACUGGGACCAUCUGAUUCGACAGAUAAAAGUCUUACUGAAGUCGGCUGCUCUUCUCACUUCCACUGUUAUUCAGUUCAGCAUUGUCACGCACUCGCAAGAAAACUACAAAGAAAUCACGGCCAUAGCGGACUCCUGGCCUUCGGAAUAUCGCCGACGGCUGGUCUUCGGCGUCCGCAGAGAAGUGUACUAUCCGCCUGCCCUGUCCGGGAUGCAAGACAUGUUCUGUUGGUGCUGCACCGAAAGACUCUUCCUUCCCGACGUUCUCCCGGACGUCGAUUCCGUCAUCUUCAUCGACACGGACACGAUCUUCAUGCAGCCUCCGGAGGACCUGUUCCAGAACUUCGCAUUCUUCGACGACAUCCAGGUCGCCGGAGUCACGCCCAGUCUCUACCAUUACGAUGAGCCGCGAUGGGAGGGAUUUCCUAAAUUCGGCUUCUCGGGCCUCAAUGCAGGGGUCCUCCUGCUCAACUUGACCCGCCUGAGAAGCUUUCCAGGAGGAUGGGUUCCGACGAUCAAAAGGACCGUCGCCAAGUACAAAGACGCCAUAGAGCUUGCAGAUCAGGACAUCCUCAACAUCAUUUUUAGCGGGAGGCAGGGAAUGUUAGCAUAUGAAGUCGGCUGUGAAUGGAACUAUAACAAAGGGGUGUGUACGGUGGACAGGAACAGAUGCCCCAAUGCCGCUGCUGAAGGGGUUGCCCUCCUCCAUGGCAUCGGCACUACCUUCGUCAGCAACGAGGAACCCAAGAUCAGAGCGGUUUUCGAAGCAUGGGAAAAGUACGACCUUCGAUCGUCGCCAGGGGAGCUGCUGUCUCUCAUGGAGGAGGGACUGCGGAAGGUAAACAGAUCUGCAGGAGGAUGUGCAACCCACUCCAACAUAGACGACAUUCUGAUGAAAGGACUCAGGAGACACCUGGUGGUGGCUUGACGAAUUUGCUGAUGGAAGCAUUUAGAGAUUUUAUCUUUGUGAGAUCGUGGUCGUGGAUAAACUAGUCUUUGCUGUAAUUCAAUAGUUUUAUCUCACUUCUGAGCAACUGCUCGUCGACAUGCAUUAUGGACAUAUUAAUAUGAAUAUAUAUAGAGUUUUGCAACUUUUUUCAGAUUCCUUAGCUAGCUUAGUUGUAGGAUGUCUUAAGUUGUAUGUUUAUAUUCUGCAUAACAUAAUUUUAAAGUAUAUAACGUAGAAUGAAAAGAAAGAGAGAGAGAGAGAGAGAGAGAGAUUGGCUUUGACCAUUCCAAGAUAAAGUUGUUUCAGUAUCUUGUCAUCACCUCUAGAUUAAGGGAUCUCACAGUCUCCGUGUUGUUUUCACAACAUGUCAGUCAUCUUGCUCGAGGAGUCUCUUUCAAUCUAGUCAUGUCUUUGUUGAGCAGACUGGUUUCAUAUGCGUACAUCUUUGCCGAAACCACAUGCAGAUUUCACGAUUUUUCUGCAAAGUUACGUCAUAUUAGAAGCUUCUACAAAAGAUUGCGUCAUCUUUCGCCUGCCCAAAACUUUUUGAACCAGUCACGCUCUUGAAGUACCCAUACAAGGAAGAGAGUUUCAUUGUUACUUAGAACCGCAUUGCGUUCAGAUCUCUCUCCCUCUCUCUCUCUCACUUGCACGGCACUUUUGAGUUCUUAUCAACGUAAUGUAAAGAUUUAUACUUAGACAUUGGUCACUCGUAAAUUUCAGAUUUGAUAUUUCUUAGAGUUAUUUAGUAUUAUUUAGUGCUUUUUGUGGAAUCUGAACAGACAUUGUACAAGUGUGUAACGACACCUAUUUUUGUAAAAUAUUGUGAAUUGGUGAAUUUUUGAAUAAGCUGCAGCAGAAAGAAAGAAAUUGGUAUAGCAAGGUAAAGUGUGUUAUAUUUUUAUUAGUUGCAACUAAUAACUAAUAGUUACAGUGGCUUGGUAAAAAUUUAAUUAAACCAAUAUUUACAAUGGUUUGAUAAACAAUUUAUAUUUUUACAUAUUGCAGAUUUUUAUGGUUUGUGUUUGUUUCAUUUGAAGUGCAUUUAUCCAUUUUCUUAUUGAAGUGUGUUUUUUUAUUCUAUAUUCUGUGUGAUUAGUACUUUUUGCAAUUUUGGUAUUUUCCACAUUUUUCUGGUUUCAUUUGCAUUCACAAUUUAAUUAACUUAGUUGUUUUCAUUAAUUAAUCGUCGCACAUUUAAUUGAAUUUAACACUUGUGAAUUAAUUUGCAUUUACUUAGAAUUCUUUUCAAGUUUCGUUGUUCUUUAGCACUUGUGAAUUAAUUUCCAAAUUUUAAUUAUUACCUAACACUCUUGAAUUUUGA